AUGGCGGCUCCCAGCGCGGGGCUGCGCCAGCGCCGCCCGGACCGGGCCGGAGCCCCCGAUGGAGCUCCCGGAGCGGCCCCCGCUGCAUCCCCCGAGCCCCCCGAGGCCGGGCUCGCUGCUGCGGCCCCGCCGCUCUCCCCGGGCACCUUCUGGCUGACCCGCAUCGUGCUGCUGCGCUCCAUUGCCUUCCUGUACUUUGUGGCCUUCCUGGUGGCCUUUCACCAGAACAAGCAGCUGAUAGGGGAGAAGGGGCUGCUCCCCUGCAAGCUCUACCUGCAGGAUGUCAAGAAAUACUUCAAGGGCAAGGUUGGCCUGGAUGCCCUGAGCUAUGCCCCCACUCUCAUCUGGUUCCUGGACUGGUCUGCCAUGGACAGCACCCUGGACUGCCUGGCCCUGGCUGGCCUGGCAGGGGCAGCCUUUGUGCUGCUGACUGGCUGUGCCAACAUGGUCCUCAUGUUCCUGCUGUGGCUCCUCUACCUCUCCCUGGUCAACGUUGGACAGAUCUGCUGA